AUGGGCAGCAGAACCGUGAACGGUGGCGCUACCUCCGCCGCCGACGUGGACAAGGGUGUUGAUUUCCCUAACUAUUUCUGCACAUACGGUUUCCUGUACCACCAGAAGGAGAUGCUUUCUGACCGCGUUCGUAUGGACGCUUACUACAAUGCCGUGUUCGAGAACAAGCACCACUUCGAAGGAAAGGCUGUUUUGGAUGUAGGAACAGGAAGUGGUAUUCUAGCUAUAUGGUCUGCACAGGCAGGUGCAAGGAAAGUUUAUGCAAUGGAAGCCACCAAGAUGGCAGAACAUGCCCGUGAACUAGUUAAAGCAAAUAGUCUUCAGGAUGUUGUUGAAGUUAUUGAGGGGUCGAUGGAAGAUGUUACUUUGCCUGAAAAAGUUGAUGUAAUGAUUUCAGAGUGGAUGGGGCACUUUCUUCUACGUGAAUCAAUGUUUGACUCUGUAAUUUGUGCUUGUGAGCACUGGCUGAAGCCAAGUGGGGUCAUAGGAAACACAAAUAUGGAGAUUGUUGCUGUGUAUCCAAGGCACCCGUGCGUGAAAGGAGCUAGUAUAAGUGAAGGUGCUGAAGCUGAGCAUAUGAGGAUACAAAAUGAAGUACAAUCUGCUAUUGAACUUGAAUCCACUAACACGGUUUCACUAAUUUGGUUUGGUCCUAGCUUUUCAGGUAUCCAAGCCAUGCUCGAAUGUGGGUGGCACCCAUCAGGUCUGGAUUGGUGGACCAAAAAAAUGAGAGAUUAUGAAGAUGCCAUAAAUGAUUGGCAUGGUUUUGUUAAUGAGACUGAAUCUUAUUAUGGCGUUGACAUGAGGAUUCUGACAAAGCCAUUUGCUGAAGAACAGAGAAAAUACUAUUUGAAGACAUCACCGUGGAACAAUCUUCAUCCAAAUCAAGUUAUAGGGACACCUGUGGUUAUUAAGGAGAUAGAUUGUUCGACAGCUACCAUAAACGAUAUACUUACUGUCUGUGCAAGCAUUUCAUCUUCUAUCACGGCAGAAAAUACAAGACUCUGCGGAUUUGCUGGAUGGUUUGAUGUUCAUUUUCGAGGUAGCCAUGAGAAUCAGGCUCAACAGGAAAUCAAGUUGACAACUGCACCUAGUGAAGAUUUAGGUACACAUUGGGGCCAGCAGGUUUUCCUUUUACAUCCUCCUGUACGUGUUCAUCAAGAGGAUAACUUGAUAUUAAAUUUUUCUAUGACACGCGCAAAAGAGAAUCAUAGAAUGAACCUACAUCCAGACAUUUUCACAGUGCCUGCAAAAAUGUGCAACUUUUCGAGUUUCCAUGUGUGCUGCGUCGUCCCAUGA